CCCCGCUCCGGACUCUAUAUCCGGGAAGAAGAGGACCUGCUGCAACCCUCCCGCCCCCGUCCCCAGCAGCCUGAGCCCGGAACUGCUGCCCGUCCGCGGCUCCCGGCAGUGCCAGGAAGGGGCAGAGCGUUGCAAGAACUUACAGCUCUCUCGUCUGCCCGCGGCUGGUUUAAUCGCUUGCAAUGAGGAUCCGUCUGGCCAGAAGAUGGACUUGGCUUGGCAGAAGCUGCCUGUUGCUUGGCCUCUUGAUGGUUGCCUACUUCGUAGUGGAGCUGUCUGUUUCUACCUUCCAUGCCUCCUCCACCGGAGGCAGCGUCACCAAUGGGAGAUGGGAGAGGCACUUUUCUAAUAGAGCAGAAAAAGCAGAGGAUUUGGCUCGUCCAGUUUAUGAAAAAUCCCCCCCUGAUUCUUCUGCGCCAGGAGAAUGGGGUAAGGCCGCUCGUCCACAAUUGACUCCUGAGGAAAAGAAACUUGAAGAAGAGCUGAUUGAAAAAUAUGCAAUUAAUAUUUAUUUGAGUGACAAAAUAUCUCUACAUCGUCACAUACAGGACAAUCGAAUGUAUGAAUGUAAAGCCAAAUCUUACAACUAUAGAAAACUUCCAACUACAUCCGUUAUAAUUGCUUUCUAUAAUGAAGCUUGGUCAACCUUACUGCGGACAGUUCACAGCGUUCUUGAAACAUCUCCUGCAGUACUUCUAAAAGAAAUUAUACUAGUGGAUGACUUGAGCGAUAAAAUAUAUCUGAAGGCUGAACUUGAAAAGUACAUUAGUAACCUGAAAAGAGUUCGUUUGAUAAGAACCAGCAAACGAGAAGGACUGGUUCGUGCACGCUUAAUUGGAGCUACCUUUGCUACUGGUGAUGUCCUCACAUUCCUAGACUGUCAUUGUGAGUGUAACUCUGGUUGGCUGGAACCACUUUUAGAGAGGAUUGCUGAGAAUGAGACUGUGAUCAUUUGUCCUGUUAUAGAUACCAUUGAUUGGAAUACAUUUGAAUUCUACAUGCAGACGGGUGAGCCCAUGAUUGGGGGAUUUGACUGGCGAUUGACAUUUCAGUGGCAUUCUGUGCCUGAACAUGAACGUCAAAGAUGGAAAUCUAAAACUGACCCAAUUAGAUCCCCAACUAUGGCUGGUGGGCUAUUUGCAGUUAGUAAGAAGUAUUUUGAGUAUCUUGGUACAUAUGACACAGGGAUGGAUGUCUGGGGUGGGGAGAAUUUAGAACUAUCAUUCAGGGUGUGGCAAUGUGGCGGCACCUUGGAGAUCCAUCCUUGUUCCCAUGUAGGCCAUGUGUUUCCAAAGCGGGCUCCAUAUGCGAGGCCAAAUUUCCUUCAGAACACUGCACGUGCUGCCGAAGUGUGGAUGGAUGAAUAUAAAGAACAUUUUUACAAUAGAAAUCCUCCAGCAAGAAAAGAAAAUUAUGGUGAUAUUUCUGAAAGAAAACUAGUAAGAGAGCGUUUGAAAUGUAAGAGUUUUGACUGGUAUUUGAAAAAUAUUUUUUCCAACUUACAUGUACCAGAGGAUCGUCCAGGCUGGCAUGGAGCUAUCCACAGUAUGGGAAUAUCAUCAGAAUGUCUCGAUUACAAUUCACCUGAACAUAAUCCUACUGGGACUUACGUGUCUCUCUUUGGAUGUCAUGGUCAAGGAGGCAAUCAGUUCUUUGAAUAUACAUCGAGUAAAGAAAUUAGGUUUAACUCUGUGACUGAACUAUGUGCUGAAGUCCCUGAACAAAAGGACUUAAUUGGCAUGAGGAACUGCCCAAAAGAUAGAUCCCCUAUCCCAGAAAAUAUCAUAUGGCAUUUUAAAGAGGAUGGGACUAUUUAUCAUCCUCAUUCAGGAAAGUGCCUUAGUGCUUAUCGUACUUCUGAGGGUCGGCCUGAUGUGCAAAUGAGGACUUGUAAUGCUGCAGAUAAAAAUCAAAUUUGGAAGUUUGAGAAAUAAAAUAGCCACUGAUGAUAGUUAUUA